AUGUAUUCAACUUACAGUCACAUCCUGCUGCCCAUACUCCUCUCACUAACCUCCCGUAUCGUCCUCGCCCAAGAAAUUGCGAAACCAAACUAUGACCAAGGGUGGUGCUACUAUUGUUCCGACGACGACGCCCCGCCUCUCUGCAACGCCCAAUGCACUGUCGCAAUCAACAGUCUCUGUGGGCAAGAUCUCACGCAAUCACAAGUCGUCACCGAGCAAAACUGCACCCUUCAAUACAAACCCCCCGUGAACCCUGACUUCAAUCGAAACGGCGCAAUACCUCCCAGCCCGACCGCGUACCAAUGUAACAUUACAUUCAACAACAUCCUCGCCUCCUGCGGCCGUGACGCCGGGUCUCCAAACUCGGCCACCGUAAACGAAUCAUACUGUACCACCUCUGGCGGCGGCGGCACUUACGGCUGGAACGACGACGGCUCCGUCAUGACUGACGGGCUAGGUCGCUACAUCGUCUCGACCACCGGCACCGACCAGUGCGGCCAAGCCGAAGCCUCUUGGCAACAAGCGACGUCCGUCAUCUUGUGGAACGAUAGCUGGAUCGGCCCCAACGACCAAGUCGUCCUCGACACCAACCCGCCUCCACUCACCGGCACCGCCGCUGCUCUAGCCACUACUCUGCCAACACCCAACCCCGAAUGCGACACCGAAGUCUGCGACAUCUACGACAAUCCCUACUACGCCACCUCACCCGUCGGACCCUGGCCCGAAGGUGGCAAGAACUCCCUCCGUCACCGCAUCGUCUAUGAAGGCUGGUCAGAAGCUCCUAAUUCUCAGCGCCUGCCCAAUAGCAUCGAAGACCGCUGCGGCGUGGCCGGCGGCAACUACGCGGCAUAUAUGAACGGCACGCAGAACGUGGCCGAUUUUGACCUCCCAGCGGACCUAUGUUGGUGCGUUCCGGAUGCCAUUUUCGAUGCGAGUGUUGGGAUUCAAUUGCCCGAUGAUACGUUUUGUCCCGCGGGCACGACGUUGCAACCUGGGCAGGAGGUCAAUAGAAUCGAGUUGAGGCGUUUGAUGGAGAGAGGAUUGAAGAUUAGGGAUCCGACGAGGGUGGUGGAGAGGGACUUGACGAAGGAAGUGAAGCAUCUGAAGGGGAGGCAUUGGUAG